CUAGUUUAAAGCAAGAAAGAGGAUCUUUUCAGGAUCCACAGCAAAAGUGACCGAGAUUUCUGUUUGGUGAAAGACAAAAUUCUCUUUCCUCACUAACCUUUCUGGGACUUUGAUUCCAAGUUCUUUAAUCAGUCUCUCUUUAACUAAGCUUCCCCUCUCUCAAUAUAUUCAAUUAGCUUUUGGGUUCUCUCUUACUCUCUUUUUGUUUUGGUGAAUGAGUAAUGGGUAUGAAAGUUGCGACGGCCUGUUUUCAUUGGUCACAAUCCUCUGUUCCUCACCCGCCUCCUUCUUCUCAAGCCCUUGCCUCCGCAAUCUUAUCACCUUCCUCAAAAAGGCGUACUAUAAGCGAUGGAGCUCUCUUGUGCCAGUACUUCCACAGACUUGAUCAAUCGGCUCUGUUCGGAACACCAUCUUCCAUCCUUUACAGAUCUCGAUCUUGUGAACACCCGAAAUCGAGAACCCAACGAAUCAAACGAGCUUGUAGUGCCAGCUUAGACGCAUUCUCAGACGAAGAAUUCUCGAAGCAAAUUCAAGAAUUGGCACUGAGGUUCCAGUUAUCGGAAGAUGAUGUCGAAAACAAAAACAAUGGUGUGGUAGAAGCAGAGCCAGAGAGAAUUGUGGAUUCCAUGGAUAGACAAAUCAAGAGUAGUGGAGAAAGUAGCAAAGGUAGCAUCAGUUUUGUAGAGAAUCAGAAAUUUUCUAGUCCAAAGCUGGAGCCUGUACAGCCACCGGAUUGGGCCGGGAGGGAUGAGAUAAUUCCGGCCAGUAUAGAGCGGAAGGCGAACAGUGUAGACCUUCCGAUCUCGCUACGGAUGAUAAAAAGGAAGAAACAAUGGCAGGAGGGUUUUAGAGAAGCAGGUGAGUCCGCUUACUCCUCUGUAAUUAAGGCCUUUUCGUCCAUGGUGUUUAUAAUUCGAGAGCUCCAAAGCUAUACUUGGCAAAUGAGAGAGAUAUUGUUCUACGAAGAUUUACAAGGAAUUUUAGGCCGAGUACAGACGGAGAUGAAUGCUUCUUUCGUGUGUGUGUACUCGAUUGCAAGUAGUGCUGCCGUUGCCACCACACUGCCACCGCAAGCCUACGCGGCUAUGACGGAGUCUGUUUCGAUGAUAGAAGAUCAGAAGCAACAGAAGUUCGAUUCGUCCGCGGUUAAGACGUUUUCAGUGUCUUCUUCAGGUAGAAAAACUGCCUCUAUUGGCGGAAACAAUGGCGGUGGUGGUGGGAAAUUCAAGCCGGUAGCUAGUGGGACAGAUGGUGAUGGAAGGUUUGAUGGUUCCAUCUAUAGGGAAUAUCAUCAAACUGUCAUUCCGGACAUUGGGACUUCAAGAACAAGUGAAGAAGAGUCCGUUUCUGGGCAAGUGACCAGAGAAGAAGAGCUGAGACUAUGGAAUUCUGUAGUGGAAGAAGCUUCCAAAAUGCAGACUGCAAUAAGAGAUGAGGCCUUAGAUCAUGAUACUACGCAGAGAUUUGUUUCACCCAUCUGUGCAGAGAUUGAAGCAGACGAUUAUUCGGAUUAUUUAAGGACAGAACUUCUUUAUCAAACAGGGUUGGUUCAAGAGCCUGAUAACCCUCUCCUCCUCUCCAAUUAUGCUCAAUUCCUUUACCUGGUUGCCCAUGACUACGAUAGGGCUGAGGAUUACUUCAAGAGGGCGGUGAAGGUGGACCCUAAGGAUGCUGAGGCAUUGAAUAAGUACGCCAGCUUCCUAUGGCAAGUGAGGAAGGACCUUUGGGGUGCUGAAGAGACCUACUUGGAGGCCAUCUCUGCUGACCCCAGCAACUCAUACUAUGCUGCCAAUUAUGCUCAUUUUCUUUGGAGCACCGGUGGCGAGGACACCUGCUUCCCUCUCAGCUCCCCUGACACCACCGAUGCCUAA